AAUGAAGCCUCUUAACGCUGAGAGACUCAGAAACCCUAAUAUAUAAAUAACAAAACCAAAACUUCCUCACUGUCGUCUGCUCUUAAGCCUCUCGUCUUUGCCUUUCGUCUCUUCUCUGCUCGCCGAUCGUUACUCCGUCGAAAUCACCAUGGCGCCAAAGAAGGAUAAGGUUCCACCACCGUCAUCAAAGCCGGCCAAAUCUGGAGGUGGAAAACAGAAGAAGAAGAAGUGGAGCAAGGGAAAGCAAAAGGAGAAGGUGAACAACAUGGUGUUGUUUGAUCAAGGCACUUAUGACAAGCUUCUCACUGAAGCUCCCAAGUUCAAGCUCAUCACUCCAUCAAUCCUCUCCGACCGUAUGAGGAUUAAUGGGUCUCUUGCGAGGAGGGCGAUUAGGGAGCUAAUGGCAAAAGGUUUGAUCAGGAUGGUCUCUGCACACUCGAGCCAGCAGAUCUACACUCGUGCCACCAACACCUAAAAAGCGUGACCUUUCAAUGGUUUGGUUCUCGACUCUUUUCUUGGUUUUUGUCUUUUGAUGUAUACAUUAAUCAUCAGAACUCUUAUAGUUCUUUUUUGGUUCUCGUUACUUUGUGCUCCAGAACCUCUUUAGAAUGUUGUUUUGAGAUAUUGUCUCUUUAAUCGGAGUUGCUUUUUCCCUCUCAACAGUCAUAUGAAUUUCAGAGUUUAACCGGAAUCAGUAUUAAUUCGUAUCGUAGUUGAAAAAGUGUCUGUAAACAAAAAAAGUGUGCCGUUCGAUGUAGAAGCGCUAAUUUACUAUCAUCACCAUAUCGUGUAGUUCUUUGUAUCAUCAUCC